GAACUUCAUACUGCAAUAGCUCUCACCAAACCACAACCCCUUCUUCGAUGGAAUCAUUACAAACUCUCACUUUUCACGUUGAUUCCUGUCUGUUUGGUUACGCUCCUCAAUUCAAGGUUUGAAAUUAUGCUCACGAGCGCCAUAACUGACACAUACCAUAUCGCAGCUGGACGACAUUACUAUUGCCAACACCGUUUAUGUGGCCUGUACCAAUCAAUGGCACAGAUCUGAACCUCGGGAGCAGCGCCUUCGACACGAAACUAGGUCUUGACAUGGAUGAGCCAGGAAGUUACGAGAAUGGUUAUUCUAUCCUCGAAAUCAUGGCGCCAACGAGCGGGACUUCAGCCACAUGUUCAGCUGUUGCAGGUGGAAGUGAGAGUGUCUUCGCCUUCAAUGGUGUCUUGUACAACAAAUCCACUAGUGGCAUCCUUCCAGCUGUCGAAGAGUAUGCAGGCACGACAUUGCACCCUGGUGGUAUUGGUCUUGAGUUCUACGGUGGAAAAACCGCGGCUAAUACAUCGCUCGUCAAAGACCGGGGUCAUUCCGGACUCGCUAGAAAUUAUGCAAUAACUCAACAGGGUCUUUCGGCGAAUAUUACCUGCGGUGACCUUGACCCAAACAAGUUCUCGCUGAAUUUCACAACUACGAAUUCGUCAAAUACAACUUGCGGGUUCCGGCUCUUGGUCGACACUGGAUUCUGGACAUGUUGACUUUCUCGGUAUUGUUAUCUGUCCCACUCCCCACGUGAAUAAUGGAGCCACAUCAUUCGACAUCCUCCUGCAGGGCAUGGGAGACUAUAAUUUCCUGGAUGCAACAGUCUGCAAUGUAGUACCAUACGUGGCUUCGUUCAAUGUGACAUACAAUCA